GUGAUUGGUUGAAAGUGUGCGUUACGUCAAGCGCUCCCGCGGAAGUACCAAGGAUUGGAAAAUAGAGGUUAUGCUGCAUAGAGCACAGCGGGUGAAGGAGACAUUUACCUGUAAAUACAGUAAGAAUACAGCCAUGAGCUGAGGCUCCCCAAACCCGCCUUUCUCAAUGAUGAACGACAAACUGGUGUUCCUGGGUCUCCUUUACUUCAUCCAGGGCAUUCCGUAUGGCCUGCAGUCUUCUUUGCUCCCGGUGUACCUGCGCGGUGCCGGCCACUCCCUCACACGCAUCAGCCUCACCAAAAUCCUCUAUUUCCCCUGGGUGCUCAAGGUAAUCUGGGCCCCUCUGGUGGACCGGACUGGCACCAAGCGCUGCUGGUUAGUGGGCACAGUGGCUGGUCUGGCUCUCACCUGUUUGGUGAGCGCUACAAUCUCACCUGAUGUUCAGUACAUGGGCGUAGCGGGCUCUCUGCUCGCUAUGAACGUGCUGGCAUCAGUGCAGGACAUUGCGGCGGACGGAGCGGCCGUGCGGCUGCUCAGGGGGCAGGGGGAGCUGGGUCUGGGAAACACUGUGCAGGUGGUGGGGUAUAAAGCUGGCUCUGUGUUUGCUGGAGGGGGGCUCCUGGCUGUGAUUGAUGUUGCAGGCUGGGGCUGGAUGUUCGCACUGCUGGCCUGUGUUUACGGUGGUGUUGCUCUGUUCGUGUGGGGCGCCCCGGUGUUGGAUGGAGAGUCGGUGUGGGGACAGGGAGAAGGACGGAGAGGGUCAAAGGAUGUAAUGCAACCCUGGAAGGUGUGGAGGAAGCUCUUGUCUGUGCCAGGAACGCCAUGGAUGAUGUUCUACGUUCUCACAUACAAGCUAGGUGAACAGGGGGCUAUCACCAUGUUUCCUCUCUUCCUGCUGGACCACCACAUGACGGCCAGAGAGCUCGGGUUGUGGAACGGGGUGGUUGCCAUGGCUUUUUCCAUCUGCGGCUCAUCAGUCGGGGGUUUCUUGCUCUCUCAGUACAGUAUUGGCAUGCUAAUGAGACGUGUGUUUAUGAUGCGGACUGUCAGCAUGGUCUUCCAGAGCUCACUUCUCGUAGUGCUAGAGCCCUCGCCCUUGAUGAAAGGUAUGGCAGUGCUGAGUCUGAGUUUGCAGAAUUUCAUAGCGGGUCUCAUCACCACUCUGACGUUCACCACAAUGAUGAACUGCACACAGAGAGCCGAGGAGAGCAUACAGGCCACCCACUACAGUUUUCUGGCCACACUGGAGGUCCUUGGGAAACUGAGUUUUAGUGCCCUGGCUGGAGGUAUGGUGGACACUGUGGGCUUUCCCAUAGCCUUCAUCCUCUUCCUCUUCCUCACCUCCAGCAGUGCCCUGCAUGUGUGGAGAGCCUCAGAGACUGGCGUCCUGAAGGAGCAACUCAAAGAGCAGCCACAGUGACCAGAGUUAGCCUAUGAGAGAGAGUGUAUGUCUGGGUGAGAGAGAGGGAAGUCAAAUCUUAUGUUUCACAUAAGAUACUGGUGACCAAAUAGCCAGUGAAAU